AUGUCCAAUCCCAGCUCCAACCGUAAAGUGUUCCAAGGGGAGGCUACUCGGUUAUGUAGUUAUUGCUUUCGCAGGGAGACGGUACACGAGCGGCUGCAGAAAUGUGCGAAGUGCUUGUCCGUCGGCUACUGUGGUCGAGAGUGUCAGAAGAAGGACUGGGCUCAUCACAAGAGCCUCUGUUUUCCCCCUGAACCACAGCGCAUCUACAUUCGAAGGAUGAUGGUUGAGAUACCAAAGGAGAAGAUACUGCUACGUUACCUUAUGAUUGCGAUUUCUAUUGAGCUUUUCAAAAACUCUCCGACGUUCCCAGAUCCGAGGUCACCUUGCAUCGUCUCCGUCGAGGUUAUCCUCCAUCCACUCAGCCACAAGCACUACAACUCUCUCAUUUACCCUGAAAUAUUGUUCGACUCUGUCACCAGCAUCUCCAUGCCGGGAACUGUCAGGUUCAUGUCCAUCGAACUCGAGAACGUGGCCGACCACGAAAAGUUACGACGCUCCUGGGAAGACAACCGCCAAUCGAUGGACCGUAACCCUCGUCAUCUAGACUCCCUUUCCGCCCUCAUUCGAAUGAAUUAUACGGCUCAUAGCAACAUGUUGGCCUAUAUCAAUAUGCCGCUCACCCCAUCGGACUUCAACUCAGCGAGAGAGGUGGUGUUGAGGGGAGAGCCUUCGGGCACGGUUUGGGGGCUUACUUCGGGGAAUCCCAUGCUAGACCGUAUGAACCUGGAGCUCAGUAAAAUGAAGAUGAAGAGUCAUCCGUUGGCGGUCGACGAUAAGAGGCUCCUCCGAGAUUUCGGAGGCCUCUGCUGUGGCAAUAAAUAG